GCGGUCACGUAUAAAUGGCUCAGAUUGCUCUUUUCAUAUCAGUGCGUUUUUGACACGACGCGGUCAAGUGCGUCUCGUGAACAUGAAUUUAUACGUUGCGAUAUGUCUUCUGGCGCUCACGGCGUCGACGAAGGCUGACGGGGGACUAGGGCUCGGAGGCCUAGUGUACGCACCCGGGCAUGCCUCAGUUGAUUAUUAUGCCUAUCCCCGUUAUGCAUUCGAAUACUCUGUGAAAGACCCUCACACCGGUGACAAUAAAGCGCAAUGGGAGAAACGUGAUGGUGACGUUGUCAAAGGAGCAUAUUCACUUGUGGAACCCGACGGCAGCCUGCGUGUCGUGGAGUACUACGCCGACGAUAAGACGGGCUUCAAUGCCGUCGUGAAGCGCCUGGGCCCCAACCUGCACCCGGCCACCGUCCACGCAGCCCCUAUCUACAAAGCCCCGAUCCCGGUACUCAGCGGACAUGGUUCCAUCCACUCCCCGAUUUCCGUCGGCCCGGUGGCAAACCUGGGACACCUGGCGAGCGCACCUCUGAUCUCAGGACCGAUCCAUGGAGGCCCGAUAUAUAGCCCCGCUUUGUCGUCUCAGAACCUGAUCAAAGAACCAGUGAUCGAGACACAUCUGCCCGCGCCUAUCCUCCCUGAACCUAUAUUACAUGAGCCUAUCCAACACGCGCCAAUUCUAAAAAGCCCGAUCCUGUCUGAACCUUAUCCUCAUGAACCGAUCAUCAAAGGCCCUAUUCUGCCCGGACCCAUUUAUAAGAAUGGCCCAAUCGUGACCUCUCCUCUUCUUUUUGAGCCUAACUACAAGGGUCCUAUUCUACCCGGACCUAUCUACAAGAAUGGCCCACUCCUGCCAGGACCCAGCUACAAAAACGGCCCAAUUUCUUAUGGACCUCUGCCAAUCCUCAAAGGCCUGCCCGGGCCUAUCUACAAGGCUGGACCGAUUUACUCUGAGUCUUUAGGCCCGUUGCCGGAUUACAAAGCGCCACUACCCCUUUACAAUGAACACAUACAUCGUCACAAGGAGCCGCUGCCCGCUUUGCCUUUAUUGAAGGGGCCGGCAGAGCUUGGACUAUAUGGUAAAGGACCUAUCAGCACGCUCAAUUGGGAAGGUUUAGGGAGAGGAAACCUCGAGCAGGGCUAUGGUUUGGACAAGGGCAUCGGCCCGCUCCCAUCCCUGGGAGGUUACGGAUUGGAAAAAGGAAACUAUGGACCCGUCCUACCCUACGCAGGAUUAGAAAGAGGUCAUGGAUUGCUCAAAGGGAACAUUGGACCUAUCCUACCCUAUGAAGGCUUAGAAAAAGGCCGUCUGCUGCCCUCCUGGAACGGUCCUAUAGAGUAUCCCCUGUACCCACAGGACGGGUACAAACACUGAACGCAACGAUGAAUUAUAGCCGGAAGCCCACAGCGGCACACGCGACGCACAAGGUUUCAAACAGAAGAUAAGAGAGGCAAGCAACAGUGCAUAGUGGGCUUCUUACUUUACCAAUCAAAUGCCGCUGCCUUUUUCAAGGCUCCUUUGCCAUGUCUUGAUUAGAAUAACUAACCAUGAGCCCUCAUUGGUGAUAUGACAACGUAGUCGAUAGUUUAGACCAAAUUGUAAUUAUUUUAGGAUAUUUAAUAUUUAUGUUGCUACGAUUAAGAUAUUUAGUAUAUCUUUACGAACACAAUAUAGCAUGCGCCACCGUGUGGUAUAUAA